GGCGAACAAUGAUAGAAAGUUGCAGCAGGCCUUGGAGAGAAAACGCCAAGUGGAGCAGCGGCUGGUUGAGCAGGAGCGUAGGACGCAAGAAUACAUCAGGGAAUUAAAAGAAAAACAACAACAGGAACUGGAAAGGGCAUCGAAUGUUAAAAGAAACCGUGAUGAACAAAUAAGACAGAAAGCGAUGAUGAAGAACGAGUUGACGAUGAAGAAGAGCCUGCAGCUGAGAAAAAGCAGGAAACUAACUCAAAAAGAAGUGUUAGAGAUGCAGGAUAACUUGGAUGCUACGUUACUGGCUGCGGAGACAAAAGCGAGGAAGAUUAAGGAAGAGGAAGCCGCUAAGAUUAGGUACGAGCUGCAGCAGAAGAUAGAGAGAUCGCAGCAGAAGCAGAAACAAAUGGAAGAGGAGAUUAAGAGCUGGCAGGAGCAAGCCGCCCUAUACAGGAAACAGCAAGAAAAACAAGCUGAAGAGUUGCAAGCCCUUCAGAUAUCGAAGAAGAAGGAAGCUGCCUCGAGGUCAAGAGAGGUCAAGGAGAAACUUCACAGGGAAAACAUGCAAAGAAUGUUGAACUUGGAAAAAGAAUGGAGGUCGUCGGUGCGGGCCUCGAUCAACAACAAAGAGACGAGGAGUAAAAUGCUGCUUCACCAGAAGGAGGAGUCCAUACAGAAGUCAAGAGUUCAGGCCCAGCUGACACGCCGGCUGAGGGAGGAGCUUAGAUUGAACCAAUCAAUGACGGACCUUGACAAGCUGAGCAGAUAUGUUGAUGAUCAACGAAAGAUUAUGAUGAUGUGAUUGACUGGUUGAUUGACUGGUUGAUUGACUGGUCACGUGAUUGGUUGUCGGAGGUUUG